AUGCCCGGAAUGGGAGAGACCUACACCUCGACCGCAACAUCAGCUGAGGCCGAUUCUACCGCCCCAGGUAUUCAGGGCAAUCUUUCCGAAUACGGUCCCAUCGACUACACUGCCGGUCCUGGAAAUCCGUCUGAUUCUUUUGAUAUGUUCAGCAACGCUGCUUUGUUUAGUCCGAAUGCUCCCACCGCUCUAUUAAGUCCCACUGCUCCAACUGUCAGUCCCAUUACCCCAGCUCAAGUCACUCCUACCGCUCCUACAGUCAGUCCGUUCACGCCGCCUUCUAGAGUCAGUCGAUUCGCCCUGGCUCCUCCAAACAGGGCCUCUUCUUCAGCUCGUGGAGCCGAACCGUUUCCCUUGCCUCAUGGCGCCAAUCCUUUUGCGCCCGCUCUUGGGAAUCGAACGUUCGACCCGUUCCCCAGAGUGCAACCUCCUCCUGCAAAUCCCCCUUUUCAGCCAUCUCGUCGUCCCGCCCUUGCUCCCAGGCCUGGCCCGUCCCUUACCAACCCAGUAGUCCCCCUUACUAACCCAACCGUCCGGCCCGACUUCAACGGAUCCUUCACGCUCGGCCCUUUCCCCCGCGAAAACGUCAUCCCAGUGAUAGAGCGCUGCGACCCAGAAACCGCCAACCGUCCCAGCCUCACCCUUGAGAGCAUCCCCGAAGCCGUGACAGCGAUCCAAGCCCGGACGUAUUUCACCAACGGAUGCGAUCUGAUAGGCUUUCUGUGGAGGGACCUGUUCCCAGAGCAGGUAGAAUCGGCGUUGUUUUGGGCUAGAGCGGUCCCGCCGGUCCAGCUUCACCGCGCUCAAGGAUUCGUCGGCUUAACAGUCAAGUCUCCAGCUUCGUCUCCAGCACUUGGUCAGCGCAGCAUCUACCUCACCAGCAUCACCGCAGGACUUGCUACAACAGUCGCAGUAUCAAUGGCGCCAAAGAAGGAGAAGGCUGUGCCACAGAAGGGUGACGACAGGUGCCAAGCUUGUAGAGCUUCGAAGAAAGGAUGCGAAAAGCGCCCGGGCCAGUCGCGUUGUGAGCGUUGUCUGCUCCCUCAGUUCCUCGGUAACGCUUGCAUCAAGUCGGGUCAGACGCCACAGCAGUCGCAGUCAGGUGUGACGAAGAAGCCUAGCGGAAGAGCUGCUGUUCGUGCUGGAUCUUCCCGCUCCGCCUCCACCAACCGUCAGGCCCUCAAACGCAAGGCUACCAACAGUCCCACGGCUUCGACCACCAACCGCCGCAAGAGUGUCACACCAGCAGCCCUGGCUACGAGCGGUGGCUCCUUGGACAUCAGCGCCUUGCACGGCCAGCCAGGGUACGACUUUCCCGGUUUGAAGCGCUUGGUCGACAAUUACAUGGAGCGCGAGGCAGGCGGUAGUGUGGGACAACCUAGAACAUCCACGAGUGCGGCACCUGUGGCAGGUUCGGGCAGCAUCGGUCGGGUUCACCACGAGCAAGAGACUGGUAGGGAGGUCGAUGGGACUCAGGCGGGCGGAAACGAAAGCCCGGAUCGCAUAUCAGUCCUCUGCGUUCCAGGCCAACCGGCCGUCAUUCAGAAAUCUUAUCAGCAGUAA